CAGCAACCUCUUUGCCAACCAUGUCCAGAUCAUCUCAAUCCAUCAAGGCUAUUGUCAACUCCAUCCAAAAGUUCUACCCAACCAGACUUGCGGACAAAUCCUGGGAUAACACCGGUCUUCUCGUGGAAGGCUCAUCCCUUGAUGUGUCAGUCACUGAGGACAAAUCGGCCCAGUUGAACAUUUUGCUCACUAUCGACUUGACGCAGUCGGUUGCUGACGAGGGCGUGGCCCACAAUUCCUCGCUCAUCUUAGCGUAUCACCCCUUUAUCUUCCGUGGGUUAAAGUCCAUCACUACCAAAGAUCCACAGCAACGUUCCUUGCUCAAACUCAUCAGCAACGGCAUUAGUGUAUACUGUCCCCAUACGGCGAUUGAUGCUGCCAAGGGUGGUGUCAAUGACUUUUUGGCCGACGGUUUGGCAGCCCUCCAAAGCUUAAAGUCUCGUGAAGUCUGUGAUUCUGAUCCUAAGGACCACAACGAGGGUGAAGGCAUGGGGCGCUUGGUUGAAUUUAACGAACCAGUCGCUUUGACCGCGUUGGUAAAGCAGAUCAAAUCUCACUUACAGAUUGACCAUGUUCAAGUCGCUACUGCCGAUGAACACAAGAAAAUUAGCACCGUGGCUCUCUGCGCCGGGAGUGGUGGAUCGGUUUUCAAGGGCGUUGAUGCUGACUUGUACUAUACUGGCGAGUUAAGCCACCAUGAAGCGUUGUUCUUUAAGGAAAACGGCAAGACUGUGAUUUUGACCAACCACACUAACUGCGAGAGAGGCUACUUAACUGUUGUCAAGGAGAACUUGCAGAGAGACUUGUCAGAGCAAGGCUAUACCAAUGUUGAUAUCAAGAUCAGUGAAACUGACGUCGAUCCAUUAAAGACCUGGUAAGAUAUAGUGAAAUAUGGCAAUAUGAUCCGAAAAUAAAACGCUAAGCUAAAAUACGGCAAUAAAACUCGGAAGAUCUAGUAUGACUCAACAAUUGAUCGGAUGGGGCUUGUUGAAGGCCCGUUUUUUUUAGCUAAUGUCUAUAAUUAGAUACCAUUAUGAAAUAUCACCAUGC